GGGAGGGGAGAGGAGGAGGAAGGCGGGAGCCGUUUGUGUCUGUUGCCCCUCCCACUUCCCCGGCCAGCCAUGGAGAACUACGAGGUGGGGCGGGGGGGGCAGAGGGUUGGCCUGAGGAGAGGCGGGGGGGGGACGAUUUGAGGCGAGGAGGAGGGAAAGCAACGGAAGUUUGACUCCUCCCCCUCCCCAUACAUGCAUUUGAAGUGACGGAGGGGGCAGGAUUGGAAAAAAAAUCUAUACUGUAUCUCCCCCCAGACUACAAUUCCCGUCAUCCCCUGAUGGCUUGUCCAUGCUGGCUCACGAGGCUGCUGGGAGUUGUGGUUCAACAACAUCUGGAGGGUAAAAGGAGCAUUUCUAUAGCCUCUCCACAUGCUGUUAAGGCUACAAUUCUCUUUAUCCCCUGACUACUGGACCACGCUGACAUCUGGGAGUUGUAGUACAAUCACAUCUGGAAGAUCAAAAUGACUGCCCAUCCUCUAUGUAUAUUUAUUUCAUUGCAGGGGAGUGGUAGGAAUUGGGGGUAGGGGUGGGGGUUAACAUAUGGGCAAUUUGUGUGAGAAGGCAUCUCAGACCUAGGGAGGGGUGUCUGAGGGCAAGCUAGGUUGUCAAGGAAGGGAUGGAUGGAACAAUGCUGCUAUUAUCAUUGUCAUUUGUAGACUUUUUAUUUUACUAUUCCCACUAGAAUGGUUGUAAAGGUGUGGGGGAGUGUUGCCUCCAUGUGGGUCUUGAGUCCCGGAGGAAAGAGAAUCAGUGAGAGAUGCAAACAGGGAAUGUUUCAACUGUUUUUGAUUCUGAAUUUUAAAUGUUCUCCAAAGAAUAAUUGGAACUGUAGUUUGUUAAAGGUGCUGGGAAUUGUAGUUCUGUGAAGGAGUAAACUGCAUAUAUUUAAAGCACAUUUAAUGCACAUCUGAAGUUCAUAACUUCCCCCAAAGAAUCCCAGGAGCUCAUAGAGCUAGAAGUUCUUUAACUAAGUUCCCAUGUAUUUUUUAAAGGAGACUGUCAGCUUUAAAUGUGUGUUGAAUGGGCUCUAGAUGUACAGUGUGGAUCUGCUUGAAAAUUCCUUCUCUUUGUUCCCACUAUAUUGUGAUGGAUCAAUUUGGAACUCCCUGCCAGUGCCUAUUGACAUCAGACAGGCACUUUUACUGUCCCCUUUGUGAGAACUGCUAAAAACAUUUUGUGUGUACACUGUGGAUCUGAUUAAAAUGAUCAAUUUAUUUCUUUACAGUAUAUUGUGAUCUGAGUAACAAGCAUUAUGUGCAUAACUGAAAUGAAUCUGUCUUGUCUUGAGGAAGUAUGGUCCCUUUAAGGUGGUCCCACUGUCCUUCAACCACUUGCCUUACAUACAUCUACUAUUCCUUACAGAUUCUGAAUAUGCUACCUCAUGGGGCCCUUGGGACAAUGCUGAUAGUGGAAUCAAAAGUGGAGAAAGAAAAAGAUGGCAGCAGAAAGAAGUAUAUUAUGAAAAAGGUAAGGGGGGAGCAAGGGUCUUUAUGACAAGAUGUGUCUCCAGUGAUUUGAUUUUAUCUGAUUUGAUUGAUUGCAAGGAUGGGGGACACGUGGCUUGAUAGGAGUACACGUGGAUCUAAAGGUCUUAGUUGACCACAAGCUUAACACGAGUCAAUUGUGUGACGCAGCAGCAAAAACCGCUAAUGCAAUCCUAGGUUGCAUCAACUGAAGUACAGUAGAGUGUCCAGAUCAAGGGAAGUUAUAGCAUCACUCUAUUUUGCUUUGGUCAGCCCCCACCUGGAGUACAGUGUCCAGUUCUGGGCAACACAGUUUAAGGAGGAUAUUGACAACUUGGAAGGUGUGGAGAGAAGGGUCACCAAGAUGAUUGAGUGUCUGGAAACCAAGCUUUGGGAGGAAAAGUGAAGGGAGUUGGGCAUGUUUAGCCUGGAUAAAAGAAGACUGGAAGUGGGAAGGAUAGCCAUCAUCAAAUAUCUAAGGGGCUGUCACAUGGAGGAUGGACCAAACUUGUUUUCUGCUGCUCUGGAGGAUAGAACCCAUGUCAGUGUCUUCACAGACAAGAAAGGAGAUUGCAACUAAAUAUUAGGAAGAAUUUUCUGACAGUAAGAGCUGUUUGACAGUGGAAUGGACUACCUUGGAAGGUGGUGGGCUGUCCUUCAUUGAAGGUUUUUAAAGAGAUGGUCAUCUGUCAGGGAUUCUUUAGCUGUGAAUCCUACAUUGCAGAGAGUUGGACUAGAUGAGACUAGAGGGGUCUCUUCCAACUCUAUGAUUCUAUUACAGUGGUACCUCAGGUUAAGUACUUAAUUCGUUCCGGAGGUCCGUUCUUAACCUGAAACUGUUCUUAACCUGAAGCACCACUUUAGCUAAUGGGACCUUCUGCUGCCCCCAUGCCGCCGGAACAUGAUUUCUGUUCUCAUCCUGAAGCAAAGUUCUUAACCUGAAGCCCUAUUUCUGGGUUAGUGGAGUCUGUAACCUGAAGCGUAUGUAACCCGAGGUACCACUGUAUUUAUAUCCCACCUAUUUCUCCCAGGACUUCAUGGUGGCAUAUAUGGUUCUAUCCCCCUCUUUAUUUAACACAACAACCCUGUGAGGUAGGUUAGGCUGAGAGGCAGGGCUGGCUCAAAGUCAUACCCAGUGAGCUUCAUGGUCAAGUAGGGGAAUUCUGGUUUCCUAAGUCCGAGUCUGACACUCUAACCAUUACACCAUAUUGGCCGCAUAUUCAUCAAGAGCCACUUGGCUUCUGUUACAAAAUGUAUUAUUUUAUUAACAAUCAGAACAUUAGUAGAGUAAAAGGACUUACAUAUUCUCACCAGCCCAUUUUAUCUGUUGUGCAAUCGCCAGGACUUAAUACAAACAAGCAUUCAGCAGGGUUUAGCCUGGGAACCUGCUUAUAUGUGGGUGUGUACUGUAUAAUAUUUAUUUUUUAUAUUUAUUCAGAAAUGUAUGACCUGUUUACUUCUCAGUGGUUUGGACCCUAGCACCACCCACGUCCGAAGACAGGAAUGCAAGAUAGAAAACUGCUUUAUAUUGUAGUUUGUUAGGACUGCUGGGUAUUACGGCUCUGUGAGAGUGAAACUACGUUCCACAGGAUUCCUUAGGGGAAACCAUGUGCUUUAAAUGUGUGUUAAAAGUGUAUUGAAUGUGUCUUAAGUGUUUGGAGUGGAUAAUAAGUUGUUCUACUUUUAACAACUUCUUUGUUGUUUGGUGUUUUGUGCAGGUUGAAUGCAUUGAUGAAAAACAAGCAAAUGAUGCUCUCCAAGAGGUAGCUUUCUCUUAAUCAUCCUUUUUUAUUUCACACAUGGGGUGAAGUAGACAGCAGAGUAGCUAGCCGCUCGGGUGCUCCGGGUGGCACGCGUGCCCUGCAACCGGGGGUGGAGUGAGCUGCCCGUGGGGACGGGGCAAGCUGCCCAUGGGGGGCGGGGUGAGCCAAGACAGGGUGCACUGCAUGAAGCCUCUCCGCAGCCUCCUCCUCAGCCGUAGGGCGGCUGAGGUGGUGGGCAGACGCAAGCCCCGCGCUGCUCGAAAAAGCGCGGAGCUUGCAGGCAGUUCACCCACCACCUCCCCCUCAGGAGAGACGCUUGGCUCAGGCACACUGCAGGCCCACAGUGUGAUGCCCAGUGCCCCCCUCAUUACCUAGCUACUCCUCCAGAUUAGACAGAUUCAUGGAGGAGAGGGCUGUUGAAGGCUACUAGCCAUAAAUGCUGUGCUCUGCCUGCAAAGUUGGAGGCAGCAAUGCUUCUGGUUUCUGGAAAUCACUCAAGGGGAGAGUGUUUCUGCAGUGGCGUAGGAAGGGGCAUGCGGUGGGUGUGGGAGUUGUUUUUUCAAAAACGUAUAUUUUUGCCAUUUUGUCACCCCCCUCAAUGAUGACACCCAGGGUGACCUGCACCCACCGCACCCCCAUUCCUACGCCACUGGAAGUAGGAUCUUGCCUAUCUGUGGUAUAGUGUCAGACCAACCAACCAUCUAGCUCAACAUUGUCUAUGCUGAAUGGCAGUGAUUCUCCAGGGUUUCAGGCAGGGUACGUUGCCAGCUUGACCUGGGGAUUGAACCUGGGAAUCUUCUGCAUGCAAAACUGAUGCUCUACCACUGAUCUAUGGCCCAUUCCUAAACUAUGAAAGCAUAUGGCACAAUACAUUUAUUUGUCUUUAGAACAGCAUAUUACUAUUGGUUCCACAACAACACACUAAGCUACCCUUCUGGACUUCAUGUAGGAAACCACAAGGGAUUUAUCAAUGGUUAGUCCUACUCAGAGUAGACCCAUUGAAAUUGAUAGACAUGACUUUUUUAAAAAAAUAAUUUUUAUUAACCGACCAAUCAAAUCAAAUCACAUCACAUAAAUUCCGAAUUACAAAGCCGAAUUUUAAAUUUUUUGUUGGGGGGACCCAUAUUUCAAUUUCCGAAGGGGAUUCCAAUCAUCUUCUUGCUGCUGCAUUAAUAUCCACAAAUCUGUCCAAAUAAUGUUCAUAAUUCUAACCAGUCCUCUCUUGCUGUUCUCACAUCUCAUCUUGUUCGUAUAUUUUUCUUUUUUUCUUUAUGAUCUCUUCUGAUAAUCUCCUUAAGCAGGUAAACACCAGUUGUAAUCCUGUGUGAAUUUUCCGUUCUUCCAAUCAUCAUGUCAAGAUGGUUUCCAUAUAUCAUCACUUUCGUAAAUAAAAGCUCUCUUUCCAUCAUCAGUCUCGUAAAACUGUCGCCUUCUUUAGUCCCUCUGAGGAGGCCACUCACAAUAUGAAAACAAAUCUACUCCUCCUCUCAGAAAUAAGUCUUUCGACAGAGCUUGCCAAAAUGGCGACGGUAUUUUUUACUGCGUCAUUCCAAAGCUCUUAUACAUUCCACAGUCUCCUUAAAACAUGCUUUGGUUAGAAAAUUAUCUCCACACAGUCUUAAAUCCUCAGCUUAAGUCGUUUAAACGGCAUUUCUGACUUGUAACUUGUGGGGGGGGAUUCUUGGUUAAUCACAUAGAGAAAAGAAAGGAAAGUUUUUUCCCCUCCCCCAUCCAGUCCCGUUGCCGAACAUACCGAGCCUUGGUGUGUCUUCUCAUGAUUUAUUCCUGUUCCUCCGACCCGUCUUGUUUCUCAGAGAUCUCUUCGGUUAGCAGUCUUUACUCCCCAUUCAUCAUUGAAAUAUGUGCAUUAGCUUCCUCCUAAUUGUUUCUUUUGAAGUUGCUGCAGCUAGGGGCGCGAACCAGAGACAGCGUCCAGGAGCGCCGAAAUCCACAUAAGGGCUUUCUGCCUAGGGCCCCCACCCCCUCAAAUUCAGGGGUGGUGUAGGGCACAGCAGGCAAGGGCGGUCCCCCCACACGCUUGGGGGAGCCGGGAGGCUGUUUACUCCCACCACAGCCUCUUAAUUACCUCGUGUGGGUCGGAGAGAUGUUAUUGUCAGCCAUCUUCCGAUGCGCCCCUAGUGGCCCCCCCAAAAUUGAUAGACAUGACUAAAUUGCUGCCGUUUGUGUGUUGUCUGUGGUCAAGAAUGGAAACCAGUUAUGCAAAUUAAUGACUGGUACUUGUACACAUCAUAGUGGUUGGGUUUUUUUAAAGUUUACUAACAAUAUACAAUUAAUAAAGGUUAUCUUACCAUUCUUCUGAUAUGUCCUUUACAUUGAAAUGAAUGUAAGUUAUGCAAGUUGCAUUAAGUAGGGGACAGUGUGAUGAAUAAUGUCAUAUUUGGUGGAAGCGAAAUGGAAGCAGUGCUGAUUGUGAGAAAUAUAGGUUGGAAUGGAAACAGCUUUUCUUCUUACACCUCUACUUUCAAAGAAGCUGGGCUAUUACCUGUGAAUCAGGAACAGGGGUUGAUUUCAAAACAAGCCAACUUCAGACCAUAGAGCUAUGGAACUGGCUUUUUUAACACUCAUGGCCUCAGGUUUCUCAAAGCUGCUUCUGAUAUUAUUAGUUUUUAUUAUUAAGUGCCUAAAGCAUCUAGCCACUUGACAAAAAUUAGAAACACCAAGCCCCUGCACCAGCCCCAUCUGCAGGCUUAAACUUAUAAUUACAUCCCUGAUUAGUCAGUGGCGACACACACACACAAAAUUCUGGGGAUGGCACAGAAUAGACUAAGGAUAUUUCUAGGCUGGCAAGAAAGAAAAAUUGCAGCAUAUGUUAACAAUAGUUUAGAAAUGGGGGGGGGGGCAAGUUGAGGAGCAAGUGCUUUCCUCCCCGCCCUGUGCUGCCUAUAUGAUUAGUUACUCUCCUGUAAUUUUAGAAUUGCAUUUUCCAGAUGUGGAAAGGGUGGAAUCCCAUGGCAAAGUAACUGGAAAUCUGUUGCAGAGCUAGGAUCCCUCUCUAAAUCUAGGUGACGAUUGUUACAAACCUUAGAUCUAUCUUAGCUUGGAAGGUGGUUGGACUCCUAAUCCCUUCCUCCCCUAAAAAAGAAGUUAAGGUGUGAUACUAAGCACAGUUUCAUGGGAGCAUGGUCUGCUGAAAUCAGUUGUAUAGCAUCCAGCAGAAUGACUGAAUCAAGAGGAGAAAUUUGGCAAACUAGGGACCGCACCAGUUUAUCUUAAAUUGUAAUAGUUUACUAUAGAACCUUUCUCAUCAUUUUUCUGGAAGGCCAUGGAACUGCUGAAGCUGAAUCAUCAGAACAUCUGCAGCUACAAAGAAUUUUUCAUCAUCUGGGACGACCAGGUGACAAUUUCCUAAGGCUACUAUGGUAUAUAUGCUUACUGGAAAGUUUCCUAAUUCAAUGAGACUUGCUCCCAGGUAAAUUGCAGCAGCUCUAAACUGGUGAUCCAGGGAUGUGUUGCUUCUGAAUCUCUUAUCAGUGUAGUCCAGUGGAUGACUUUAAAUAACAAUGAUCCAUACCAUAGAGACCCAGGUUCAUAUUCCCCAUAGUGGGUAGAUCUGUGAUUUCCCUGUUACUGGAUUGUACCACCUUAGGUUGGGGAGGAGAGGAUGGGGGGGAGAAAAAUAUUUGAAUGCAUCCCCAUUUAUUUAUUUUGUCAAAUUACUUGAACUUACAAAAAAAGUGUCACAUUAGGGAGAAGCUCUGCCAAAUUAUCACAUGAAGAGGCCGGACCACACACACCUAGGUAGAGUGCAAGUCCUGGGAUUUCUUGCCUGACCCUAUAUGCAAGAUUGGGUUAUUAGUUUCACAUGGUAAAGCCUGUACAGUGGUACCUCGGGUUAAGUACUUAAUUCGUUCCAGAGGUCCAUUCUUAAGCUGAAACUGUUCUUAACCUGAAGCACCACUUUAGCUAAUGGGGCCUCCUGCUUCUGCCACGCUGCCAGAGCCUGAUUUCUGUUCUCAUCCUGAAGCAAAGUUCUUAACCCGAGGUACUAUUUCUGGGUUAGCGGAGUCUGUUACAUGAAGCGUAUGUAACCUGAAGCGUAUGUAACCUGAAGCAUAUGUAACCCGAGGCACCACUGGAAUGUGUUGUUAGCAUCCCCCUUCCCCACACUGGGCUGUAACUGGUGUAGGAAGCCUUACUGUGAUAAACUUUGAAACCCCUUGACUAAAGGGGCACAGUGAUUUUCAUCUUCAUCCUGUUGCAUGCAGAUUUCCUCCCUCUUUCUUUGUCUGGUGAUGCGUUAUUCAGAUCAAGGGGAUCUUUCAUCUCUGAUCAAGGCCAAGAGGCAAAAACCUGAGAAAAUUAAAAAGAAGGUAGAAAAGAAUGUUUUUAUUUAAUAAAUAUGUAUAAUACAAAUAGUAAUAAUUGGGGGAGGUUAGCAGCCAAACCUAACAAGUGCAUAUUCUUGCUGGUUAGCAUUAGAAGGGGCUAAGUCCACAGAGCUUUGUAGCUAGUAGGCAGAUACUCAGGCCAUAGAAAAGCAAUUGGUAGAGAAGGCUCCAUGUGGUGUCAUUUUCUCCUCCUGAAGAGGAAGGAGCAUAUAGUACUUCUGUUCCUAUCUCUCUUCCUUGGACCAGCCACGAGGGUAGGCAUUUCCUUUGUUUGCUCCAGUCCCAGGCACAUGCCUAAGACUGGUUAUACUGAAUAUAUAGUUUGCCUGCAUAGUUUUUACAGCUACUGAUUAUUUCUGCCUGGGUUGUUAAGUACACAAACUCCUUGUGGGCAUUAACCACAGGAACUGUUGAGAGAAUGUCCACUUCUGGGACCUGGUUCUGGGUGUUGUCACUCGCAGGCUCAGCCUACUCUUGGCAUGUCUCAUGGCAAAAAUUUAUGUUGAGGUAAGGCAUGAUAGCGGGACGCAGGUGGCACUGUGGGUUAAACCACAGAGCCUAGGGCUUGCUGAUCAGAAGGUCGGUGGUUUGAAUCCCUGCGACGGGGUGAACUCCCAUUGCUUGGUCCCUGCUCCUGCCAACCUAGCAGUUCGAAAGCACAUCAGAGUGCAAGUAGAUAAAUAGGUACCGCUCCAGUGGGAAGGUAAACGGCGUUUCCGUGCGCUGCUCUGGUUCGCCAGAAGCGGCUUAGUCAUGCUGGCCACAUGACCCAGAAGCUGUACGCUGGCUCCCUCAGCCAAUAAAUGAGCGCCGCAACCCCAGAGUCAGCCAUGACUGGACCUAAUGGUCAGGGGUCCCUUUACCUAAGGCAUGAUAGCACAAUCAGAAAACAGGAGGUGGGCAAAUGUUGCUACGGAAGGAACAGCAUUAUUCCCAUUGUCCACCCUUUCUUUGUCAAGGACCAACAGGAGGGAGAGAAUUUCUCAAGACUUUAACAUGGCAUAACAGCAAACGUUUCUCCUGUAUAUUAUGUCCUCAUCAUUUCAUAUAUUUCUUUCCAUAGGUGAUUAAAAUGUUUCUGGGGCAGAUGGUGGAUGCUUUAGUUUACAUCCACAAACAAACCAUUUUUCACAGGUGAGGUGUCAGUUUUUCAAAAUAUUGCUUUGUUAUUUAUCUGCAGUAGUUUGUAGUGCAAAACCUAAGGUCUUUUAACAAACAAACUCUUAACAUGGCUGCAACUUUGUUUCAACAUGCUGUAAAAACAACUCUGAUGUGUUUCAGAAACCUCAAACCAUCCAACAUCCUUUUAGAUGACAAGUCAUCUUUCGUGCUUGGUGAUUUCAGCACGGAAACCCUCAUGAAUGAUGAGAUGAAAUGGAAGAUUAGAGUGGAAGAAGGUAGCAAUGUGUUGUUAUCUUUUCAGCAGCCUUGUUCUUCAGAAAGAUUGUGGGGGUUUUGAAAAUACAAGGUCAAGGGGGAAAUAUUUCCUUAUGACAUGGCAUGGUUAGCAUCUAGAAGAACGUUAAAGUAUAUGUAGUUUAGUAAUGGUAGUUUGACAUGUAUGUGGAGUGGGCUGCACCAUACAUUUAAAGUGCAAUACUUCCCCCAAUGAACCUUGGGAAUUCCAGUUCACAGAACUGCAAUUCCCAGCACCUAAAUUAGAAUUUCCCCAAAUUCUUUGGGGGAAGCCAUAUGCUUUAAAUGUACAUUAAAUGUAUGGUGUAGAUGGUUAGUGAGUCUCAGUGCAAUAGACAUGUGCUCAUAUUGUCAGAACAUAUUCACAUCCAGUACGUUACAAUGGGUUGUAUCCAGUUUUAAUCCUGUUCAGAGGAGAGUCAUUGAAAUUAACUGAACUGACCAACUUAUUACCGUAUUUUUGCCCUAUAGGAUGCACUUUUUCCCCUCCAAAAAUGAAGGGGAAAUGUGUGUGCGUCCUAUGGGGCGAAUGCAGGCUUUUGCUGAAGCCUGGAGAGCGAGAGGGGUCAGUGCGCACUGACCCCUCUCCCUCUCCAGGCUUCAGGAAGCUAUCUGCAAGCCUUGGGAGCCCGCGGGAGUUCCCCCCGGGCUCCCCCAGCUUGCGCAGAGCUGCCUCUUAUCCCAAAGCCUCGGCGUGCUGAGCAGUCGCACCGGGGCUUCGGGUAGCUCUGCGCAAGCCGGGGGAGGGCUCCCGCGGCUUGCGCAGAGCUGCCUCUUAUCCCAAAGCCCCGGCGCGCUGAGCAGUCCCGUCGGGGCUUCGGGUAGCUCUGCGCAAGCCGCGGGAGCCCUCCCCCGGCUUGCGCAGAGCUGCCUCUUAUCCCGAAGCCCCGGCGUGCUGAGCUGGGCUCCCGCGGCUUGCGGAGAGUUGCCUGCACGCUGAAGCCUGCGCGCGCUGAGCUCAGCGCCCCCAGGCUUGGCGCAGCUCUCCGCAAGGCGUGGGAGCCCGGCGCUGGGCUCCCGCGGCUUGCGGAGAGUUGCCUGUUCUGGGGGCUGGGGGGGAAAUAAUUUUUUUUCCGUUUGUUUCCCCCCCAAAAAACUAGGUGCGCCUUAUGGGACAGUGCGUCCUAUAGGGCGAAAAAUACGGUAAUUUAAAUGGGUCGACUCCGAGACUUGAUGGAAGUUCCAACAACAUAUAUAGAGGGCCACACUCCCUAUCCCUGUUUUAAGCUGUUCUGUCACCUUGUGUGAAGCAACACAUUGGGUUGCCAUAUGUCCUCUUUUUCCAGGACACCUUCUCCUUAUCAUGGGUAUGUAAAAUGAGAGUUGUCAUAGGGAUCCAUAGUUAAAAGUCAGCUGAUAUGUCCUCUUUUUUGCCCUUCAAAAUAUGGCAACCCUAAGUUACAGUGACGGGAUGCGGGUGGCGCUGUGGGUUAAACCACUGAGCCUAGGGCUUGCCGAUCAGAAGGUUGGCGGUUUGAAUCCCCGCGACGGGGUGAGCUCCCGUUGCUCGGUCCCUUCUCCUGCCAACCUAGCAGUUCGAAAGCACGUCAAAGUGCAAGUAGAUAAAUAGGUACCGCUCCGGCGGGAAUGUAAACGGCGUUUCCGUGCGCUGCUCUGGUUCGCCAGAAGAGGCUUAGUCAUGCUGGCCACAUGACCCAGAAGCUGUACGCUGGCUCCCUCGGCCGAGAAAGCGAGAUGAGCGCCGCAACCCCAGAAUCGGUCACGACUGGACCUAAUGGUCAGGGGCCCCUUUACCUUUACCUUUAAGUUACAGUGACAUUAUUAUUAUUACCUGUCCCUUCACAAGCAAGGUUUUAACAAUUUAAAGUUCAGCAUUAAAGACCAUUAAAACAUAUUGCAGUCACAGGAAUAGGGUGGAUCCUGAAAAUACACGUUAGCUGUCAAAAGGUCAGAGUACAGAGGAUCGUGUUCACCAUUCCCUGAAAGCUUUAUAAUGAGCAUGGCAAAUUAAUCUGUGGGGAGGGAGUUACACAACCUAGGGGACUGUUCUCCUAGGCCAACACCACCCCACAUUUAUGAGGACUACCAAGAGGGGCCCCGCUUUACUGAUCUUAGUACCCAGGAGCAAUGCUUUUUUUCUGGGGGGAUGCAGGGGGACGCAUACCCCAAAACAUUUUGUGAAUCUUAAGUUUGGCCUCAUUGAGGGGCAGUAUUUCAAUAUGAGUAGGAAAAUGAGAGUACCCCUAAACAUUUUUUUAAGGGGAGGAAGCACUGCCCAGGAGGGACUAUAGGGAAGGAAGUAGUCUUCCAAAUAUUUGGGGCCUAAGUCAUUCAGGGCUUUAACCACUACCACGGGCACCUUAAAUAAGGCCCAGAAACAAACUGACAGACCUCCGCAGUGCCCCUUGCAAACUGAACGGUAUCCUUAGAAUGUUUUGCGGGUUCUUUUACAGUUAAGGUGUAGAAAUGGUUCUCUGAAUGUGGAAAGCUUGAAAACCACUAUCUUUAUUUAUUUCAUUACAUUUAUAGGCCAUCUUUUUGUCUAAGGAACUCAGCGAGGGGUACAUGGUUCUCCCCCUCCUCAUUUAAUCCCCACAACAACCCUGGAAGGUAGAUUAGGCUGAGAGGCAGUGACUGGCCCAGGGUCAGCUGGGAAGCUUUAUGGCCGAGUGGGGAUUUAUCUAUCAGCUUCUAGUCUGGCACUCUAACCACCAUGCCACACUGGCUCUUCAGUUUAUUAAAUGUAUGAAUUGCCUUUUAUAAACAUCUCAAGGCGAUUUACAAACAUAUCACAAAAAUGGUACAAAGCAGCGAUUGAAGAUAGGUUUAAAAAUUGAACAAAAUUAACAUUAGCACAUAAAGCACAGACCUCCCCCCCCCCCCAACUAGCUAGAAAACAUUUACAAAACAAAAAUAUGUAUUCAGUUGUUGCCUUCUGAUGGAAUAUUGUUCCACCUCCAAAGAGAUGUUACUCUUGGUUACAAAGGAAAAGUUGCAAGGGAUAAAAAUAAACAAAUAAAUCACACCCCUGGCUUUUCUUCCCACAGAUCCUCCUUUCAAAUCCUGGAUGGCUCCAGAGGCACUCAAAUUUUCUUUCAGUGACAAAUCUGACAUCUGGUCUCUUGGCUGUAUUCUUCUCGACAUGAUCUCCUGUGUGAAAGUACGGUACAUUUCCCCUUUAACAGUACUGUGACGGUGUUCAGAGUUGGCUCUUUUGAGAGAUGGUUACAUUAAAUACACACAGCAUGCGGUUUUCAGUGACUGAUAUUCAGAAACCUACCAACAGUAUAUAUAUAAAGGUAUCUCCAACUGGUAUCCAGAAGCAUGCUGCCUCCAACAUUGGAGAUGCCUACGAUAGAUAUAGAUAUCGGUUGUACCCCCCUCUGUUAUGUAUAUGAUAAUAGAUCUAUUCUGCUAAAUAAUUAGAUUUUGUAAAUAUUAGGAUUUAAUUAUAACUUGUAUGUUAUAACUGGGAUGUGUUAUAAGACUAUCUCAGUGUUUAUUAGAAGGGGUUAAUGUAACAGGUUUGAGGUGCUUAAUUAGCAUUUAUGUAUAAACACAUAAAUAUAAGGCCUUGAGAAUGCAAUCAAGAUCCAUGUGUAUUGGAAUAUGUGUGUGGACCUACAUAUGAGCAUCAUCAAUUAGCAUGUGAAAAUUCAAUUAACCUAGGUAAGCAUUGUAAGUGUGUACUAGCCAUUAAUCCUAGUAUAGGGACUCAGGUGGUGCUGUAGUCUAAACCACUGAGCCUCUUGGGCUUGCUGAUCCAGAAGGUCAGCAGUUCAAAUCCCUACGACGGGGUGAGCUCCCGUUGCUCUGUCCCAGCUCCUGACAACCUAGCAGUUCAAAAGCACACCAGUGCAAGUAGAUAAAUAGGUAUCGGUGCACAGGGAAGAUAAAUGGCGUUUCCAUGUGCUUUGGUUUCCAUCAAGGUGUCACGUUGUGCCAGAAGCAAUUUAGUCAUGUUGGCCACAUGACCUGGAAAGCUGUCUGUGGACAAAUGCCUCAGCCUGAAAGCGAGAUAAGCGUUGCAACCCCAUAGUUGCCUUUGACCAAACUUAAACCAUCCAGGAGUCCUUUACCUUUACCUUUUACCUUAAUCCUAGUCAAUCAACAAGUGUUGAUGAGGUCAAAGCAUCAAAAGAACUGAAUAUUAGAAUACAAAUGAAUAAAGGGGGAUUACUUUUGGAAACAGCAGAAUUAGGGGAGAUAGUAUCAGGAAGCAGAGAAGAAAGUAUGCUUGUACGUGCCCUGGAGACCAAGAUAAGCUGCAGAGCAAAAAAGAUGUUGAUGAUGCUGCCAUAAGGAUAAGCCAGCACUGCAUCUUGGGAUGCUCUUGCUGUGCACCCCUCCACUGAAAGCUAAAGGUUACAUAUAUGCGUAAAACACUCACAUAUCUUAAAACUCUACUGCCUCUGCCAUGUCUGAACUUCCAACAGACACAUGAUCCUGGAUGAGUUUCUGGAACCCUUGGAAUUUUGCUAUCACUCAGCAGAUAUUGGGGUGGUGUGUAACAAUAUAUAUGUAUGUAUGUAUGUAUGGCACUGUCAGGCAGUAUGCUUCUGAACGGGGGAGUGGCACUUACUGCAGGGCCUGCAGCGCUCCUGAGCCACACAUCUCUCCUGGGAGUGACACAGUGACUCGGGUGCCUUGCAGGCUCUGCUCUGCCUGAAAAUGGCAGUGUGGGGCUUGCAUCUGCCCCCUACAGCUGAGGGGGAGGCAGUGGCAAGGCCCCGCGCAGUGCACCCUGCCCUGGCUCACCUUGCCGUCAUCAGUGGCUCGCCUCACCCCCGGAUGGAAGGCACACGUGCUGCCCUGGGCACCUAAGUGGCUAGCUAUCCCGCUGCUUCUGAAUACCAGUUGCUGGAAACCACAGGAAGGAAGAGUGUUACACUCAUGUCUGGCUUGUAGGCCUCCCAUGGGAGCAUCUGGUUGGCCACUGAGAGAAGAGGAUCCUGGGCUAGAUGGGCCACUAUCCUGACAGCGCCGAUUCUUCUUAUCACUCAAGCCUUCACAAUAUUGUAUUGAGCACCUCAGCAUGGUGGUUACUCAUCUUGGGUGUGGGAAAGGGGAAACCAUUGGACAUUUUACUACAAACUUCAGUUCUGAUAAGCGAAAGUUAACUACUUUUGAUUAUCGUGGGAGAAACUAAGGCCCUUGUUUCCUUCUCACCUUGAAGCAAAUUUUACUUAAAAGUGCUUAGCAUGGGCUGGAUGAUGCCUUUCUGGUGCCAGUGGCAUAGCUUCCUGCUAAGUAGCUCUGGCAGCUGUAGUGCUGCAAGCAAAUUAAGGUGCUCUUAGGGCAGGCCUGUCCAAAGUCCGUUUGGGGGGCCUAAUCUGGCCCGCCAUUCAGUUUAAUCAGGCCCCUGUGGCAGUUUAUUUCCUGGGGUAAAAUCCUAAAGAAAGCUCAACAACUUAGGGGUAAAAUCAUAAAAAAAGCUCAACAAAUCUGGCUCUCUUUGAAAAAAGUUUGGACACCACUUAGGGUAUGUCUUUACAGGAAGUGUAACCCUCCUGUGGACCUAUUUCUUUCUGUACUUUAGUGAUAAACCAGAAGUGAAAGAAAGCAGAACCUUUAGAAACAAUAAAAUUGUUCAAAGGCUUUGCCAGUUGGCAAGGUCACUUCCAUCAUUUGAAUUAUGAACAACCCAUGCUCACUUUAGAUAUCCCUCCUUUGGUGUAUGAAGAGUUAGGGGGUCUGCGGAUGAAGGCUGGUCUAUUAAGGCAAGUGGAGCACUGCCCUACCUCCUCACUACCUUCAGCCAACCCCCUUCUACCUGCCUUCCUACUUACAACCAAUCCAAAGGACAGCUCUGGCUGCCAGCAGCCUCCUCAAGUCUCAGUUCUGCCAUUCUAGGACUCGUGUCAUUGGCUCUGGCUCCACUAAUAAUAUAAGUGUGAGUGCCUUCUGCCCUACCAGUCCCAAUGGGCACCAACCAGUACUCACACAUAUUGUUAUUGGUUACAUUUUUGUCCCACUGUUCCUCCCAAAGAUGCUCAGAACAGCAGCUACACCGUAAGCAGCUCUGCUACAAUGAGUCUGUAAAGAGAAAACAUAUGCAGAUUUUAUUAGGUGCUCCUUUUGUGUAUUUGCAUGAGUUUCUUUUUAGGUGAAAGAUCCAGUUUCAUUGCUGCGUAACAUUAAGGAGAAUAGCAGUCACCUGGAAGAAGCCCUGAUAACUAUGAAGCAGAUGGAUACACCUUUGUCUUCUCUUUUGCUAAGGAUGCUGACAAUUGAGCCAACAAUGAGGCCCACAUCAGGGUCAGUCCUGGGUUUGUUUUCUCCCUUGCUCCACCCAAUAACCCACACAAUGCAUUUAAAGGACAUUUAUGCCACUUUAGUAGUCACAGCUCCCCCCCCCAAAGAAUCCUUGGAAUUGUAGUUUACCCCUCCCACUACAAUGCCCUUUACUCUUAACAAACUACAGUUCUCAGGAUUAUUUGGGAAAGCCAUGGGCUUUAAAUGGACUUUAAAUGUGUGGUAUGGAUGUAACUAUGGAAGUUACUGUCAUUGUUCACUGAAAGAGAGGGUCGUUGGCUAAACUUAAUGGUUUAUGCCCCCAAUCUCAAAGAGAAAUCAGGAUCCCUCAAAAUGAAUGCCCCGCUUUAACAAUUAAAUAUUCCUUCCCCUUUAUUUUGCUUAUUUUACAUUUCUAACUCACCUUUCAGCCCAAAUUGGACCCUCAACACAAUGUACGUAUUUUAAACUAAACUAAUUUAUUCCCCACUCCACUCUACUUCUCUUGCUACUUUAGGGAGCUGACUGACAAUGCAUUUAUCAGAGAAUGCCUGAUUCUUGCUGGGUCACCCUUAGUAAAGGUGAAGAAGACUCUGCCUCCAGGAUUACUGGACUUAAUACUCAAUGGUGGGAUCCCAACUAUUCUAGGUAAUGCUGGAAAAGCAGCUCUGAAACAGAGGCUUGUAGCUUUCUUGGGAAUAUGAAAGAAUGUAAUAUAUGAGGGGUUGUUUGUGGGCUGCAUUUGACUCUCAAAGUGAUUCAGAUGUAUCCCCACUUCCAAACAAAGUCCCUGUUUUAUUGAUGCCUUGAACCCCUUCUCCUUUACACCCAAUUACAGAAACAUGCAGAUAAUCUGAUCUGAAACCAUUAAAACCCCAUAUAAUCCUUUUGUUUUAGGCAGAUGGGUUGGUGACAGAAAAUGUUCUGCAUUUGAGGUACUCACAAGCUGUCUCGUAAGGGCGUGGCUAAACUAAGGCUUAAUCCAGGGAUUUGCAGUUGAUGUUUCAUGCCCUUAAAUGCAGUGGGUUUGUAUCCAGUGUUAGUCAUACUCAGAGAGUAGACACACCGAAACUAGGGGCACGUAUUCCCAGUAAAGUGUGUGGGAAGGCAGUGGACAUAUAGUUGCUUCCAACUGUGUUCUACUCAGAGUUGGACCCAUGAAAUGAAUAACCCUAAAUUCACGACAAAGGACGAGAUGGUUGGACAGUGUUCUCGAAGCUACCAGCAUGAGUCUGACCAAACUGCGGGAGGCAGUGGAAGACAGGAGUGCCUGGCGUGCUCUGGUCCAUGGGGUCACGAAGAGUCGGACACGACUAAACGACUAAACAACAACAACAAAAUUCAUUGUGGCAUUAAUUUUAAUGGAUCUACUUUGAGUAGGAUUAAUAUUGGACAAGCCACGGGUAUUAUAUGCUGCUAUUAUCAGAAAACAUUAACCUAUGCACAUUUAUAGGCAUUUACUAGGGUAUUUGAAGAACUAUAAACUGUAUCCAAUGCUAGUGCUACCAGUCAUACAGCUAACUUAGGUCCAUUAAUUUCAGUGAUUCUCCUCUGAGUAGGAUUAGCACAGAAUACAAUUCUGUGUAUUCCCCCCCCCAUCUGUGUGUGUGUGUGUGUGUGUGUGUGUGUGUGUGUGAAGGAUUUCACAGAAAGGUGCUACUAUUUUGUCUCCUGCAGAAUUCAUGCUGUCUUACCAGGACAUAGAGGAAGCUCAAGAAAAGUGCAUUGAGCGUCUAACUGUCCUCUUGAAAGAAGGAAAGGGUAUGCUUUGACUGUGCUGCUGUCUCUCAUUGGAUACUUAUAAACUGAUGCAUGGGGUUCUAUAAGGAGCAUGAGUCAGAGUGGGAAAUCCCCCCAAAGAGAGUGCAAAUGUGGAGGUUUCUCCUGCCUGCCCCUGCUAUACUUGUAAUAUAGGCAUAAACAAUGCUAUUUUUGUAGAAAAAGGUGCUGGAACUCACCACGAACACCUCCCUCAUCUCGUUCCGGUGAGUUCCAGCUGAAAAAAAGCCCUGGGCAUGUUACUUCUGUUUGGAGGGGGGUGUUGUUCAGAGCCAAACUGGAUGGGAAAGGCUUAUCUUGGUCAUAAGAGUGGGGCAUCGUGCUAGUUGCAUGUUCCAUAGCUCCUACCAGUGGGGUUGAGAUUUACUGCAUUUCCAGCAACAUUUCAAGGAUUGGGAGAAACCAUGAGUGAUUAAGGAGAUCAGCUAUAUUAGAGGUGGGGAACUUUUGACUUUUGGCCACUUCCCUCCCAAACCACGCCCACUUGCCCCAUACCUGAGGCCAUAUGUUACAUGGGGGGCAGGAAAGAUGCGGCUGGAUUGGCUGUGUGAUCAAGAACUUCAUUGUACAGCCAAUCUAUGCAGAAAACAGAUUUGAAGUCACCAUUCUGGUUAUACUUGGCUGGAUUGGCUGUGCAUCUAUGUUUCCCGCGGGGUAACUCAAUCGUACGGUCAGUUCCUGCAGAAAGCAGCUUUGCCAGCCUUAUGCAGCUGCUAUGCGAUACCUUGUAAGUUCUGCAGCCACGCUGAUAGUCACUUCUCCCAGAUCACACGGCAAAGUGGCAACCCCUAAAGAAGAAGUGCUGUAGGCCAUCAUCCUCUGUCCACAUCCAUAUAUCUGCAUUUCCCAGCAUCCAUGCAAAGAAAAUUAAAAAAUUUAAAACUAUAAGGGAAGAGCAGUAACAGAUUAAAAUAAUAAUAAUGAUAGCUUCUGUUUCUUCCCCACAGCCAGUCUAAAAGUCUUCUUUGGAUUAACGGAGCUUGUUACCUCUGCAAUGAAGAAUCACAUUGAUUCUCCUGAGGUACAGUUAGCUGGAUAUUCUCUGCUGAUUGAAAUCACUAGCAAAGGUAAGGGUGAUGAGCAAUGUUUGAGUUCCAUACCAAUUUUAUGAAAUUUAUUUAUUUAUUGAAUUUAUAUACUACCCUAUACUCGGAGGUCUCAAAUUAUUGGCAGAGUGUCUUGCUGUUCUUAUCAUCUUCUUUCACCUAAGUUGAACUUGCUUUAAUCUACUUCUUACCAUGUUCUUUGACCUCUUUUUUUAACUGUUAGAUGUUGACUUGCCCCAAAGCUACAAAGUGGCUCUUCUGAUUUGUGUCUCUUUAAAAGCGGGAGGGGCACAGGCAAUGUAAUAAACCAAGUUUAAGUGCUCAUCUGCCAGAUACCUCAGCUUUCACUAUGGUUAACAUUGGCUAUUGUUUAGUAUUAUGUGUGAACCAGGCCAGAGACUGUUCCUGAAUCCAGUCUUGUGUCUAUGUAACAAGAGAUGUUCUCUUUGCAGUGGAGGCUGGCCCACUGUGACAAAUGGAGCACUGCAUCACCAACUUCAAUCUGCCUUCAGCUAGACCCCACCUGCCUUUCUUCUGAUAUGUCCCAGGGGGUGGCCCUGUCUGCCAGCAAGUUCCUUCAAAGUCUGAGUGUUGCCCUUUUAUUUAUUUAACAAAACAUAUAGACUGCUUGAUUAUAGUAAAACCUCUAAGUGGUUUAUAAGAAAUUACCAAAUUCAGCAUGGAGGCAGAUGGAAUGAGUUGACUCUGCUUGUCAUUGGCCGUGGCUCCCCCUAUUGUUGGCCUCCCUGCCUUACACCCUGUCCUAAUAGGCACCAGUCACCAUCACUUUUUUAUUGGCACCUUUGUGAUAAGAUGCUGGAAUGAGCAUCUAAAGCAUCUAAUGCCUCCUUGCUUUAUGUUCUGCUUUUGGCAGCCAUGAGGCAGAACCUGAAUAUUGAAUUUCUAGCCUCCGAAAACAUACUUGAUUGCCUGUUAGCCUCCAUGAGAAUUCAUUUCAACAACAAAGAGUUGAUCUGGAUGAUUUGCACAUUGUUCAUGAUGAUGUCGACUAAUGGUGGGUACAAUAGACCAGAUGCUGCCUUAGUUCAAAGCGGUAUCCUGUUUAGCACUGUAACUCUGCCUUUACUCCAGAAAGCAGUGGUGAGCUUGGACCUGGAGCCUGGUAAGUAAUGGAAUAAUGGUUGCACUCACACUAUAUAUUUAAAGCACAUUUACAGGACUUUAAAAGUCAUGGCUUCCCCCCAAGGAAUCCUGGGAAUUUUAGUUUGCCCCUCAUGGAGCUAUAAUUUCUAGCACCCAUGUUGGGCAAAAUAUUCCUGCAAUGCAGGGGUUUGAACUAAAUGAUCCUUGUGGUCCCUUCCAACUCUACAAUUCUGUGAUUUUGUAAAGAGUUAUACUUCCCAGGAUCCUUUUUGGGAAGUCCUGUGCUUUAAAUAUAUGGUGUGUACAUGAUUGGUGUUUGCUGACAAACCCCGGGAUAGUAAUGUGUUAUUUCACUCAUUACAAAAUGUAGACACAGCCAGCCCUGCUAUGUUUGGGGACCCUCUUUCUCAGGGGACCUGAGCUGCUCCCUCAAAGUCUGCCUUGAUGGUAAGUGAGAAGGCAGCUUUUUUUGUUUUAGGGAUGAACAGCUAGUGGCUUGAGAGUUCUCUAACUAGACUCUCACUUGAGCCAAGAAAGAUGCAAAGGGCAUUUUAAAGUACUCCACACCCCUGUGUAAACAGCAACAGAUGCUUAGGGCUUGCACAUGCUUCUGCUUUUCUCACCACUUUCUACUGGUAAAACCCACUCUUUACUGCUGAAUUGGAGCAAACAUCAAUCAGUUGGCUUUUCUGUAGAUUGAUGUUUGCUCUGAUUCAGCAGUAAAGAGUGGGUUUUCCUGGUGAAAGUGGUGGGGCAAAUGGAAAACCACUUGGACCCAUGCCUAGAAAGCAUGGGACAAGCGGAACACUGCUCUGACCUGUGCUUUCUAGGCACAUGACAAAUGGAAGUAUGAACAGGCCCUUAGCUGGAAAUCUCAGCUGCACACACGAUAUGUCUAGAGUGAGGAACCUUUUUUUAGCCUGAGGGCUGCUUUCCCUUCUGGGGGCCAUAUACUGGUGGCAGAUGCUGUGAACAGGGGCAGCAUUUCUACACACACACACACACACACACACACACACGUUUCUCCAGCUUUCAUCCAAGCAUGCUAGAAGCAUUAUCAGAGUUCCAAGGGCACAUUCCAGCCAGACAAAAACACUCAGGGAGGGAGGGUGCAAAGCAGGGCUGAUAAGGGGUGUGGCCUGGGGAGAACCCCAGGGGCCAAAUAAAAAUGUUUGGAGGGCUGCAUCUGGACCGCAGGCCAAAUAACUCUUCACUUGCCUGGGUAAUGGACUGGCUGAGAGCCAACAAGCUGACUCUCAAUCCAGAUAAGACUGAGGCAUAGUUAGUGGAUGGUUCGCUAGAUCAGAUGGAUGAGAGGUUGCCUGCUCUUGAUCAGGUUACAUUGCCUCUGAAUGAACUGGUACACAGCUUGGGAGUACUUCUGAAUCUGUUGGAUGAGGCUCAGGUGGUCUCGGUGGUGCAGAAUUCCCUCCAUUAGCUUUGGCAGGUGACCCAGCUGUGCCCCAGUCUAGACAAGGAUAGCUUAACUUCUGUUGCCUGUGUCUGGUAACCUUUAGGUUAGAUUACGGCAAUGUGUUGUAUGUACGGCUGCCUCUGAAGACGGUUCAGAAAGUUUAGCUGGUGCAGAAUUCAGCAGCCAGCUUGCUCACCAGGGCAAGACAGUUUGAGCCAAUCCUGACCUACCUGCCCUGUCUGCUAUUCAGUUUCCAGAUCCAAUUUACAGCAUUGGCUUCACCUAUAAAGCCUCAAAUGACUUAGAAUUGCAAUUAUCUCAAGGACCACCUCUCCCCAUAUGAACUGACCCAGAACCUGUGAUUAUCAUCUAUGGUGCUUCUUCAUGUGCCCCUUUGUGUGCCCCUACAAGAGGUAUUGUUAUGUACUGAGUUGAAUAGGAUCCAAAAUGCAGCAGUCUGAUUGGUCCUAUGGAGGGAGGCAACAUGAAAACAGGCUUUUUCUGUGAUAGCUCAUCAUUUGUGGAAUGCUCUCCACUGGGAGGCUCAUCUGGUGCCUUUGUUAUAUAACUUUAGAUGCCAGGCAAAAACAUUCCUCCCCCCCCCCCCCAGGUUUUUUAAAAUGUGGCCAUCUAAACCAGGGAAGGUUAUUGGUUUUGUUUGUUAAUAUAUUAUGUAUUUUUGUGUUUUAUAUUGUAAACUGCCCUAUGAUCCUCAGAUGAACAGCGGUAUAGAAAUUUAAUUUUUUUAAAAAAAUAUACAUUAACUGGCAUUUUCGCUUCCAUGGAACUGAGUCAAUGGAUAGAGAUAUUACUUGGCCUUGAACCUUCCUCUAUUCAAAUUCCAGUCUCAGAAAAAAAGGUGUGUGUGUAAAGUUUUUGGGUGUUAGCAAUUAAAAAAUAUAACUAGGUCAGGCACUCUGAAGCUAUGGCCAACGAUCUGCUGUUCAUUCAGAUAGUCCUCCAUAUGCUUGUGGAUUUGUGGUUGAAGGCAGAAGAGGGCACAUCCAUCACAUUCAGUAUUCGUGUUGAUUUUUAAUUGCAUUUUAAUUGCCAUUUUUAUUUCUUAGCACUGUGUUUUAUUGUAUUGCAAUUUGAAUUUUAUGGUACACAAUUAAAGGCAAUAGAUAAUAAAUUAAAGGAAGUAAUAAACACCAUACAGCAUCUAGCAUGUACAGCAGCAUUAUAGUGGCCACUAUAGACAGAAAUUCAUUAAGUAAUCCACUAAGCCCCUGCACAAUUUUCAAGUGUUCUAUGGGGAUAAAGAAAGGUUUGGGAACUGCUGAAGUACCAGUAGAUAGAACAGGAAAAGGCGGAAAGCCUUAUGUUAUCGUGCAGUUACAGCCACUGUCCAUUAAAAUGCUUUCCCCUUUGCUUCUCAGAAGUUGCAGCUCAGACCCUGAGGAAAGUUGGUGUCUUCACAGACAUCCUGACCAUUCUGGGUAACUUUGCCCAGGACAAAGAGAUCUGCCUUGCUUGCUGUGGGGUUAUUUGGAGUCUGGUAGUACAUGGUAGGUAUGUGUAUGUGCAACACGUGUUGGCUUCUGCAGUUGGGAAAAAUGCUUCCUAAAUUUGUUGACUUGCUCAGAUCUCUCUGGCAGAAACUGUUGGUGGUCAUAACUUGUGUGCCCUGAGUAAAAGCAGAAGCAAGGGAGCAGAUCUGCUUAAAGGGCUUUUCUUGGGCCUUUGUUACACCUGACUCUUUCAUUUUCAAGGCUUCCCCCCCCCCCCGUAAUAAAAAAAACCUGCUCUGUUUUUCAUCUGCCCAUUGUAAUCCAUUGGCUAAAUUGCAUUGGGUUUUCAAGUCAAUAUGGAAAGAUAGCGUGCAAGUGUUUAAACAUAUUUUGCUUAUUAUUUAUUUAUUGGGUUUAUAUAUUUUUAUUUAUACAAAUAUUUGUAUGCCACCGUGUCAUAAAAAAGUGCAUUACAGCAAUAAAAUUAUAAAACUAUACAAUAAGAACCAUAAAAAGUUAAGAACAGACAUCAGUUAACCAUUGUAAAAGGAUAUAUUCUUAAUUGCCUGCCUAGGCCUGGUGUACUACAAACAUUGUCAGCGGGUAUUUAAGAAUUGAAACAGAAGGCGCCUGCUGAAUCUUUAUUGUCAGAGACUAUUCUACAGGAUACUUUGGCCACCUCAUGAGAAGAGAAGACUCCCUGGAAAAGACCCUGAUGUUGGGAAAGAUGGAGGGCACAAGGAGAAGGGGACGACAGAGGACGAGAUGGUUGGACAGUGUUCUCGAAGCUUCAAACAUGAGCCUGACCAAACUGCGGGAGGCGGUGGAAGACAGGAGUGCCUGGCGUGCUCUGGUCCAUGGGGUCACGAAGAGUCGGACACGACUAAACAACAACAUUCUACAGGAUUGGCUCAAUGACACUAUAGGCUUGGUUUCUUGUUGUCCCCCUAGUUGUUGAGGCUCAUUUGGCAAUCAUUGAUGCCCCUGCAGAUCAUUUCAUUGAUCAAGCUGAGAUGGAAGGGUUCAGGUGACCCCUGAGGUACCGUAGGCCUAAUUUGUUCAGGUCUUUGUUUUUUUUUUUUAAUGAUAUUUAUUAAAGAUACAUGAAAGUACAGAAUAAAGAAAAAGUAUAAAGUUUUAAGAUAUAACAAAAACAGUAAAAAAUAAGAAAAGAAAAAAAACAUACAAAAUAAAACAGUUAAAAACACAAUAAUGUUCCAUAACCUAUCUUCCUUACUCUUAUUUCCCCGGACCUCCUCAUACCUCCCUUCUUUGUAUUCCAAUUCAAUUUGUUGGUUCAGCAAAUCCUUACCAUUAAUCUUUUACCCAAUUGUUAACCUUUUUUCCAUGUCUCUUAAAGCAUUACAGCUAAAAACCUCUUAGUUUCUAUCCAACAUCCUUCUAAAGUUCCUUAAUUUUGCAAUAUUUCUGUAAAUAGUCCUUAAAUUUCUUCCAGUCUUCUUUCACCGACUCUUCUCCCUGGUCUCGGAUUCUGCCAGUCAUUUCCGCCAGUUCCAUGUAGUCAAUCACCUUCAUCUGCCAUUCUUCCAAAGUGGGUAGAUCUUGUGUCUUCCAAUACUUUGCGAUAAGUAUUCUUGCUGCUGUUGUAGCAUACAUGAAAAAGGUUCUGUCCUUCUUUGGCACCAGUUGGCCGACAAUGCCCAAGAGAAAGGCCUCUGGUUUCUUCAGAAAGGUAUAUUUAAAUACCUUUUUCAGUUCAUUAUAUAUCAUUUCCCAGAAAGCCUUAAUCUUUGGGCACGUCCACCAAAGGUGAAAGAAUGUACCUUCAGUUUCUUUACAUUUCCAACAUUUAUUAUCGGGCAAAUGAUAAAUUUUUGCAAGCUUGACUGGGGUCAUGUACCACCUGUAUAUCAUUUUCAUAAUAUUCUCUCUUAAGGCAUUACAUGCCGUAAACUUCAUACCUGUGGUCCAUAACUGUUCCCAGUCAGCAAACAUAAUAUUAUGGCCAACAUCUUGUGCCCAUUUAAUCAUAGCAGAUUUCACCGUUUCAUCCUGAGUAUUCCAUUUCAACAGCAAGUUAUACAUUCUUGACAAAUUUUUAGUUUUGGGUUCUAACAAUUCUGUUUCUAAUUUUGACUUUUCCUCUUGGAAGCCUAUUUUCUUAUCCAAAUUAUAUGCCUCCAUUAUCUGAUAGUAGUGGAGCCAAUCUCUCACUUUAUUUUUUAAUUUUUCAAAACUCUGCAAUCUCAAUUUAUCUCCUUCUUGCUCCAAAAUUUCCCAAUAUGUCGGCCAUUUGGCCUCCAUAUUGAGCCUUUUCAGAGCUUUUGCUUCCAUUGGUGACAGCCACCUUGGGGUUUUAUUUUCCAAUAAGUCUUUGUAUCUUAUCCAGACAUUAAACAAUGCUUUCCUAACAAUAUGAUUUUUGAAUGCUUUGUGUGCUUUGACCUUAUCAUACCAUAAAUAUGCAUGCCAUCCAAAUACAUUGUUAAAACCUUCUAAAUCCAAAAUGUCUGUGUUUUCAAGAAGUAGCCAUUCUUUCAGCCAGCAAAAGCUGCUGAUUCAUAAUAAAGUUUAAGGUCUGGCAGGGCAAAUCCACCUCUUUCCUUGGCGUCAGUUAAUAUCUUAAAUUUUAUUCUGGGCUUCUUGCCCUGCCAGACAAAUCUAGAAAUAUCUCUCUGCCACUUCUUGAAACAGUCCAUCUUAUCUACAAUUUGUAAUGUCUGAAACAAAAACAACAUUCUAGGCAAUACAUUCAUCUUUAUCACAGCAAUACGGCCCAGCAAUGAGAGUUUCAAAUUUGACCAAAUUUCUAAAUCUUUUUUCACUUCCAUCCAACAUUUUUCGUAAUUAUCUUUAAAUAAAUUCCCGUUUUUGGCUGUCAUAUUAAUCCCCAAGUAUUUCACUUUCUUUACCACAUUCAAUCCUGUCUCAUUCUGAAACCUCUCUCUUUCAAUCGGUGUUAAGUUUUUCUCUAAAACCUUAGUUUUUAACUUGUUCAAUUUAAAACCUGCCACCUGACCAAAUUCCUGAAUUAAUUCUAAAACUCUUUUAGUACUAGAUUCUGGCUCCUGUAACGUCAAUACUAGGUCAUCUGCAAAUGCUCUCAAUUUGUACUGUUUAGCUCCGACCUGUAUGCCCUUAACCAACCGGUCCUUUCUAAUCAUAUUUAGCAAAACCUCCAGGACCGCUAUAAAAGCAGUGGGGAAAUUGGGCACCUCUGUCGUGUCCCUUUUCUAUCUUAAAUUCUUCCGUAACCACAUUAUUUACAAUUAAUUUAGCCUUUUGUUCAGAGUAUAUUGCACCUAUACCAUUUUCAAAACCUUGGCCUACCCCCAUCCCAUGCAGAUUCUUCUUCAUAAAACUCCAAGAGAUAUUAUCAAAAGCUUUCUCCGCGUCAACAAAUAUCAAUACUGCUUUAGUGUUUAUAUUCACUUCUAAUUUUUCCAAAAUAUCAAUUAUAUUCCUCAAAUUAUCAGACAGAUGUCUUCCCGGGAGAAAGCCCGCUUGGUCUUUAUGAAUCUCUAUCAGCAAUAUUUUUUUCAAUCUCUUGGCCAAAAUGUCUGCAAAAAUUUUGUAAUCCACAUUAAGUAACGAUAUAGGGCGAUAGUUCUUAAGCUGAGUCUUUUCAGUCUCUGUUUUCGGUAUAAGUGUGAUAUACGCCUCUUUCCACGAUUCUGGUGCCCUUUUCCCCUCCAAUAUUUCAUUGCAGACUUCCUUCAAAGGUUGCAGUAACCACUCUUUCAAAGAUCUAUAGUAUCUGGAAGUCAGCCCAUCCGGUCCUGGAGAUUUGCCCAAUUGCAUAUUUUGUAUGGCACCUUCUACUUCCUGUUCAGAUAUUUUAUAGUUCAGCAUUAAUUUACUUUCUUGAGAGAUUUUUUGUAGGCCAUUUGUCUUCAAAAAUUGGUCUAUGUCCAUUUCCUUCUGUGGCCCUUGUGUGUAUAAUUGUUUAAAAUACUUCUGGAAGCAAUUUCUAAUCUCAUUUGGAUUAUGUAUACUCUUUCCUUCCACUUCUAAAUUUAUAAUAGUAUUUAAUUUUUGUCUUUUUUUCAUUUGCCAGGCCAACAGUUUUCCACAUUUAUUAGCUGAUUAAAAUGUUUUUGUCUCAUUUGUUUGAUUUUCCAUUCUAUUUCCUGAUUCAUCAUUUCCAUAUAUUGUACUUGAUAUAAUUUUAUUUCUCUCAAAAUCUCCUGGGACUUUGGUUUUGCUCUCAAUUUCUUCUCUCCUUCUUUUAUUUUUUCCAAGAUUUUAUCUUUCUUUUCAUUUUGACUUCUCUUCUUUAUUGCAUUCUGUUGUAUCAAAAACCCUCUCAUCACAGCUUUGCUUGCGUCCCAGAUUACUCUUUUUCUACAUCGGUAUUCAUAUUUAUUUCAAAAUAAUCUCUCAAAGUCUUUUGGGCCUUUUUGUAAACUUCUUCAUCUCUAAAUAAGGUGUCAUUCAUCCUCCAUCUAAAGGAUCCGGUUGUUGUUUGUUUCAUCUCCAUCCUUACAGCAUUAUGGUCGGAACAAGUUUUUGGGCAGAUUUCUACCUUCUUUAUCUUUGGUGCCAUUCCUCUAGUUAUCCAUAUUUGGUCAAUUCUAGUCCAUGUCAUCUUGGCUUCAGAAAAAAAGUUCCUUCUCUUCCCAGGGGGUUCUUUACCCUCCAGAUGUCCACUAAGUCCAUAUUGUCUGUCAUCUCAAAAAAUGUUUUCGGUAGUCUACCAUCCUUGGUGACUACCUGUCUUUGAGCCUUGUCCAUAUUUGUAGAUACUACUCCAUUCAUGUCCCCCAUCAAAAUCAAAUUAUAGUCCAAAUGAUCCAGUAGAGUCUCAUGCAACUUUUUAUAGAAUUCAGAUUUCCCUCGUUCGGUGCAUAAAUUCCCACGAUUAAGAAUUUCUCUCCUUGUAGUUGAAUUUCAAUUGCCAAAAAUCUUCCUUGAUCAUCUUUAAAAAUAAGUUUCGGUAAGAGUCUCUCCUUUACAUAAAUCACAACUCCUCUUUUUUUGACUUUGUCAGAUGAGACAAACUCCUGUCCUAAUCUUUUAUUAAUCAAUAACUUCCUAUGUGCCCUUGUUAUAUGUGUCUCUUGUAGACAAAUCAAGUCCAUUGUUCUUUUUUAAUAAAUGAAACACACUUUUUCUUUUCGAGGAGAAUUCAAACCGUUACAAUUCCAGCUUAAUAGUUGCAGAGCCAUGGUGGGGGCUACUUCACUUUACCUCCAACUGCCCCAAGUGCCACUUCUUGUUCUGUGGGUAGUAUCACUUUUCUGGACCGUGCAGUCCAAAAGAUAAAUUUGAUAUGUCUAGUAUGCCUUUUGGUUCUUCUUCAGAUUCCCCUUCUUUCAGUAGAUCUUCCUCGUGAUCUUUCAAGAAUCUGUCUUUUUCCUCAGUUGAUUUUAUUUUUAUCUUUCUCCCUUUAUAUUUGAAGGACAGGCCUUGCGGAAAUUCCCACCUGAAAAGAAUUCUGUUUCUUUUCAAUAAGAUCACUAGGUCUCCGUAAUUGGACCUUAAGUCCAGCAAAUGCUUUGGGAUGUCCUUAAAAAUCACUAAUCUUGAGUCAUCAAUUUCCAAAGUUUUUUGAUAGUGCAAAUUCAGAAUUUUAUCUCUCUCUUCUUUUGUUCGAAAGGUAAUCAAACAGUCUCUCACCUUGCCCUUGCCUUGUCUUCUUCCGAGCCUAAAUGCAUUCACUAUCUUAAAUUCUUCCUUCCCGGGUCCAAUUGCCAAAAAUCUGUAAAUUCCUGUGUAAGAAAGUCAGCCAAAUUAUCUUUCUCCCGCUCUGGAACAGCCCUAAUUCUCAGAUUUCUCUGUCUAUCUUUUAAUUCGAACAUAGAAAAUGUCACAUCAUGGUCCUCCAAUUUCUUGUAUACAGGUGGAAUUUUCUCUUGAGUAGCAAUUGCAAUAUCUUUUGCUUCCUGUGCAGUUUGUCGAAUCAAGGCAGAUUCCUGUAGUAAUUUUUCGAUAGUCUCUGUGUUGGCAUUCACCUUCUGUCCCAAGGUAUUAAUACUUGCAGUAUUUAAAUCAAUUUUAUUUGAUGCUUCCACAACUUGUCUAUUUGUCUCAGCUACUUGCCUAUUUGUUUCAGCUACUUGUCUAUUUGUCUCAGUUACCUGUUUACUUAGGCUUUCCAAAGAUUCAUUAAUUUUUGCCAGUGCCUGUGCCAAAACUUCUUCUGACGUCAUAACUUUUGAUUUAGACUGUGGGAGUGGGGCCCCUGAUGCUCCGGAUGCUCCAGAUGUUGAGCCCCUUCGCGGCAACGCAGUAUCUAUCCGAUAAUGUCUGCCAGACCUAGUAAUUUUUUCCUGCGGUUCCACCUUCUUAUCAUCUGCCAUCACAGUCUCAUAGACAUUCAAGGUCACUCCCACAUUCAGCCAAUUGUUUUGACAUAGAGUGGAAUUUUCCUCUUUGUAACUAUUGUUGUAACAAUGUCCAGUCUCCUCUAGGGGGACACAGUAACAGCCAGAACUUGUAACUUUUUAGAAACAAAAAUAGUCUUUAUAAAUCCCCCAAUUUACUUUCAGAGUCCACAGUCUCAAUACACCUAAACAGUUACUUUCAAGCCAAAAGAGGUUCGGAAACACUAUAUCACUUUUGCAGAGUUGGCUGUCAGAAAUAAACUUUCACUAUAGACCUCUAUCUUAAGGCAGUCCGUUCCGAAUCUUAAAUUGUAAAUUCUUCCUUCCUCUCCCCUUCUUUACUGCAGGAAAUUCAGCUCAGUCUUUUCCCCCUCCUCUCCUGCAAUCCGGAGGGGGAACCACUUUCAAGAUGUUGGAAUUUAGCACAUUUAAGUGACUUUCCGAGUUUCUGCUUUGAAGCCUCUUUGCUUUGAUCUAUUUACAAUUCAGGGGAGGUAGACUUCCUGGUUGUACCUUCCCCGCUCGUGCCAAAUUAACUUUUUUUUCCCUUUAAAUCCAAUUUACUCCUACUCACGGGUAGUUGUUUUCAGUGCCAAUUAUCCCAGGGAAAAAGGCAGAGCUCUCCGGUAACAGCUUCGCGGCUUCACUCCACGGAAGAAGCAAUUUGCUCACAGCACCACGCCACCCCCGCUCCGCUCCGGAGCCCAUUGCCGAGCUCCUUUAGCAAUUGGGGGGGCGCAAACGGUGCCCGCUGAGUCCCACGUUCACAGGCUUCACCCGCCUGUGAUUUAUUUGGGGGUCCCCGCUGCGCCGUAGCGACAGGACCCAAAUUCCGUAGAGCUAGUUCUCUCCAAAUUAGAGAGAAGUAGCCAUUACCGUUGGCUCCACCUCCGGAAGUCCCCAAUUUGUUCAGGUCUUUGUAAAUUAAUACAAGAACAUUGAACCUGGCUCAGUAUUAAGUGGCGAGUUUAAACACUAAACAUUAUAGAUAACGAAGACCGAUGGUAUCCAUUCACGCCAGCUGAGAGCUGAUGGCAUGUGUGCUCCCUUGGCCUGGGUUCCCUUGGUUCUGCCUUCCCUCAGUGCACACAGAUCUUUAGCAGCCCCAAGCUUACGUAUUCGCUUCAUUUUACCGUUGCCCAUCCAAGAGCUUUAGGGAAGGAGCAGGCUGUAAAAGCCAGUCAUCUAUUUGCUACCUCAUACGGUAUUGCCUUCUUCUGUUGAUGCAGCAACCAAUGUGGCUGAAAGCCCCCUGAAGUAUGCUAUUGAGGUUGUCUCUAUAAUCCUUCACAUGCACCUUGAGGAUGUGGAAGUGGCUGAGGCGGCAUGCUGCGCUUUCUGGGCUCUUUCUCUCCAUGGUGAGCUUUCAAGAUCUGCUUCAUCCAUAGUAGUGGGACAGAGGAGCUUAACUUCCCCCAUCUGGGGACGGUGGGUAUUAUUUCAAAGUACAGCUUACAAGCUCGCUUCUCAACCAAGAUUGGCAAUGGUGGGCAACUUGCUCCGCAUGAUUGAUCUUCCCCCAGUGCCCAUCUCCAAGGUAGUGCUAAUUAGCUAGACCCAAAAAAGGCCUCCCUAGACACACACACACCCAUGCAAAACUGAUCUGUGCGUUCUAAAGCACACUCCAGAAGAGUCUCCAAUGUGGAGUAAUUCCACAAUGAUUGCUUAAAUAUUUGUCAGCAGAUGAUCAGUCGAGAAAGAAUUGUCUCCUGCUGCUAGAAGCUUUAAAAUUUAAAGAGAAAAGCCAUAUUGCACAUUCCCAUUCUCUGAUUAUUUCAUGUAGACCAGGAACAACAAACCCUAACAGUUCUUCACCCAUCUUUGGAGCAAAGUUAGGGGUGGGAAGUCAUCAAAAUGGCAUUUGCUUAACCGGAUUCCUCCCCCCUUUCCUCGCCAGGUUGCAUAGAUGAAGUUAAUUACGAACCCUAUUCCUUGCUUAUCCUGGAGGCUCUCCGGAAACAUCCUGAAAGGCCAGUGCUGGCAAAGAACGCCUGUCUGGCAUUGGCAAGCCUCUUGAGGACAUCUGGUAAUAGCCUAUAUAAUGGGUUGGGCAACAUUUGUGGCCAGCACUACUUGGCACAUUAACUGUGGAAUCCUACGAGCUGCUGUGCAAGUCGCUGCACCAGUGCAAUGAUUCAGAAUAAUGCAAUUGAACCAUACAGGACUUUCUGAGUGAGAUGUGGAUAGGGCUGACAGACUAGUUGUUGUUGCCAGUAGAUGUUUUGGAAAGAUUUGGAGAUGGCUUAAAGGGGUUUGGCAUUCUGUCCUGAGAUGCUGACAAAGAACAUACAACUAUGUAAAAGACAGAGGUGCAAAGGCUCAUUUACAGAUGACUGGUUAGUUUUAUUGAUUACAUGAAGAUAAACAAUCCCAAACUUUUGCAGGCAUCCAAACUUUUUGGGUUGGUCUAGGUUAAAUUAUAUUUUACACAUCAGAUUGCUGGCUGUGUUUAUGCUGUAUUUUUAAUAUAUACCUAGAUAUUUAUUUAUUGCUAUGGAGGGGUGUAAUUUUAAAACAACCAAUUAAUGAAAAUAAUGUGGUCCCACACAAUCAUUGCCAAGCCAUGAGAUGCUACCAGUAACUAUUUCUUAAGGCACCCAGAGGAACACAAGCCAGUGCUAAUAGACGCAGAGCAUGGCAAAGUUGUGCCUGAGCACUCACAAGUCAGAGUGGUUCAGCUUUCACCACAUUGCAGGUGGGCAACAGAUUGUUUGCAGAGGAAGACUGGUGGUCAGGAACCUUCUGAUUAACAAACUGUCUCCCUUUUUCCAGAGUUGUGUGGUUUCCGGUUCAUAGUAACCGAUGAGAAGGGCAACGGGAUUGUCCUGCUCAAAGACUGCUAUGAGCUCCACCGUGAGGAUCCUGAAGUUGUGGAAAACAUUUGCAUCUUGAUUAAUGAGAUGUUUAAAUAUGGCAAGUCUGUCUUCUUUGGAAUCCCAGCCUGUGUGCUCUGCAAACCAAUAGGGGGUGGGGAGAAGGAUCUGGGCCUUGGGUUCCAAUCCAUGUUUAAACAAGGACUUUCAAGGUAGCCUUGAGCAAGUGGAAAUGGUUAAUGAAUUACCAACCUCCCUCACAAGCAAACCCAAUCAGAAGGAAUUUUUACUCCAAGCCUUGAGGGAUGGAGUGCACUAGAAAUCUAAAACACUAAGGGUUGUAUCAAAUGUAGCAACCAGUUAAAAGUCUCUGGGUUGUAUUCAACUAAGUUUUACUUAGUGAGUAGACUUUCUGAAAUCAAUGGACCCAAGUCAUUCAUGUUUAUUACUUUCCAUGGGCCUACUCUGAGCAGGACUAGCAUUGGAUACAACCCAGUUAGUGGUAUAUGUGUUCCACAGGCAAAAUGUUUUGUGCCAGUGGAACAUUGUUGGGCAAUAGAUUGCACAAGGCUACAGCAGCCUGCUUACACAAUUUGCUGCAUAACAAGCUUCCGCUAGCGCAAUUGUUGCAGCUUCCAGUCAGGCUACUGGGGUCUAUAUAGUUCUGUAUUGUCCACACUGACUGUCAGAAGCACUCUAUGACUUCAGACAGCAGUUUCUCCCAGUCCUACCGGGAGAUGCCAGUAAGGACUGAAUUUGGGAUGUUCUGCAUGCAAAGCAGAUUCUCUAUCACUUAGCUAUGGCCCUUUAUCCACUACACAUCUGAUAUCAUAGGAUGCCACCAUUGUUGAGGAAGGUCAGACAGAAGGCAGGGAAAUGAAUUAGUAAUGCUCACUCCAUAACAAGGGUUGAUUCUUCCCUUUCUUUGAAAUGCAGAGGAAAUAGUUUUGGAGAUGGUUUCCCAGCACAUUACUGAGAUGCUGACUGAAAUGAAGAACCGGUUUACAUCUAGUCUGGUAAGCAAGGAUGCUAGAGAUUAGUGGACAACCUUGACACUUCAGUAAGAAGCCCUGUCUUUUCUAUAGCUACCUAGAAGCGAUAAUACAAAUGAUAGCAUCUGGCCUACAAUAAAGCCACUGGGCUAAAAAUAAUAAACUAAAAAGAUUGGAAGUUGCCUUCUGUUCCUCAGCUGUUUAAAGUCAGCAUCUUAUAGGACUGGCUCCAGGGCUUGGUCUUGUUGUGCACCUAAGGCUCACAUCCCUUCAGGAGGGCCUACCUUUUUAGCUGCAAAGCCUACUGAAUGGUGUAUUUUGCUUGUUUUUGAAAACUGCCCUGGGGUACUUAGGAAACACAAGAAGCUACAGUUAAUACCAUUGGUAUUCAUCUAAACUCUGUAUUGUCCACACUGAUUUGGCAGUGGCUCUUCAGGUUUCAGGCAGGAAGCUCUCUCUUAGUCCCACCUGGAAAUGCCGGGAUUGAACCUGGGGCCCUCUGCAUUCAAAGCAAGGUGGUCUACUUAUAUGGCUUUGGCCCAGUACCUGACAGAUAUUAACUCCCCUUAUGAACCUGCCUAGGUGCUAAGAUCCUCAGGUGAGCACCUUCUCUUGGUCUCAUCAACAUCAGGAGCAUGGCUAGUGGUGACAUGAGAUUCACACAUUGUGGAAUUCCCUCCCAAGAGGUUAGAGUGGCUCCCUUUUUUUAUCCCUCCACUAGCAAGUUAAAGAAUUUCUAUUCAAACAGACCUUUGGAAACACAGGCAUAGACGAUGCUGAUUGCUGGGCUGCUGUCUGGGCAAACCUAAUUUAAUUGCUGCUUCUACACAUGUUUUGAUGUAUUUUACCUAUGGUUUUUAAGUAGUUUGUUUUUAUUAACUUUGCAUUUUAUAAUGGUGAUUUAAAGGUUGGAAGCUACCUUAAAUCCCAACUUGGGAGAAAGUUGGGAGAUAAAAACAUUAAAUCAAUAAACACCACUGAAGCAUGGCUCCAUCCCUAAAUGGUCAAAGAGCUGUGUAGAAAUGUAACAAAACAGUAGUAAGCCCAGGGAGUUCUUCACUUGCCCUCUCUAAGUAUGUCAAGUAGCAAGAGAAAAGAAAGGAGACACAGCAGCAUCUUGCCUUAUGCUACAUCACUUAAUGGCUGCAUGGAUUGGGUCCAGGAGAAAACAAGUGAAGGAAUUAGAGUGUGUCAGGAACAAACAAACAGGGUACCACCGAGGGCAUUUUGCAGGGCUGUCUUAAGCCUAUCUGGCACCGUGGUGCAAAGCUCCCUCCGGCGCCCCCCUCCCCGUUUUUUAGGGAGGACGGCGCUGCCGGCGGGGCUGGAGGAGGCAGGCAGUGGCUGGAGGACGGCUCCCCCAAUGGGGAAGAGGCGGAGGCUGGACGCGGCACCUCCCAGCUCAGCUGGACGCUUUGUGCCACGGUGGCUACAGCAGAUGGAGGUUCCGGGCACAGCUUUGGCGCAGCAUGGCGGAGUCAGGUGAGGGCAGCGAGCUGAUACCAGGAGGCGCCGUGUCCAGCCUCCACCUCUUCCCUGGUGCCCUCCAGAACUUGGCACCCUGCACCACUAGCCUCUAUGGGUAGGACGCCCCUGGCAUCUUGUUUAAAAAACAAUAUGUAUUUAAAAACACCCUGUAUUUAAAGCAUUACAAUGCCACUUUAAACAGCCAUGGCUUCUCCCAAAGAAUCCUGGCGACUGUAGCUGGUUAAGUUUGCUGAGAGUUGUUAGGAUAUUCCUAUUGCCCUUUCAGAGGGACUGACUGUUGAACCACUCUGAGAGAGGAAAAGGGGACUUCUAACAACUUGCAGCACCCUUAACUAACUGCAUUUGCCAGGAUUCUUUGGGGGAAGCCAUGACUAUUUAAAGUGGCAGCAUUGUGCUUUAAAUGCAGGGUACGAAUGUGGCCUUUGACUCAGUACUUCAAUUUUGCAUUCAUUAGUUUUAAUUGUCAAGCUUUAAAGGGACAUAGCAUACAUCUGAAAGAGUCAUAGGAGGAUUGGCAUAAAAAAGGAGCUACCUUAAUGAAAAGAAGUUUUAAAAACAAAACAAAAACUGGCAUCUGACACUUGCUUAUUUCCCCAACCAGGAAAUAGUUGCUCUAGCAGAAAAGGCACUCUCUAAACUGCAGAAAAAAGGUAAAUGAUAACAAAACACAAACAUCAGCUCUUUAUUUUGAAAGCUCUGAAUCUUCAGAAGUAUUCUUUAAAGCAUGUAUCUUUUACCCCUACCUGCAGGGCUCCUUGCCUGAAAUGAGACAAGUCUGCUCUAGAAGAUUGCUUCUUUGCACUAUUUGUAAGUCAGCAACAGCAUUCAAGGAACCUGCCAUAUUUCAGGGAAAUCUUAAACCUUCUAUACACUUUUGUUUUACAAAACAGUCAAUAAAUAUGAAUACCAGAUGAGAAUAUGUGGUCCUUCAGUUUGGUAGUCAAUGCUAUUUUAAAAAUUAGGAAAUCCAAUCAAGGCAUCUACUUUGUCCCUGUCUGUGGUGUUGCCGAGGUAUUCAGCUUCAGAUGCAGAUAUUUAACUAAUCCAAUGAAUUUUGGGGAUUUUUGCUGCUCCAUAUACUUUAUUUUUACUUGCUCUUGAAACUUCCCCCUUUCAAAAGCAGCUUGCCAUACACUGUGCUAUUUGAAGAGUGAGAAAUCAUGCCUAAAGCUCCCCUUUCUGCCUGCAGAACUAGUUCUCUGGAUGCUAGUGAGAGAAAGCAGCUGGUGACCUGAAAGGAAUUGUAAGCCAACUGAUUAUCAGUGUUUACAAGCAGUUGUCACCAGAAUCACGAAGUGCCUCUGUUUUCAUGGCUUAUUAUGCUUCCAGCUUACAAAUAUACAAGUUUGCAUAGAUUUUGAAGUUUAUGUGGAUUUCCUCUGGCACUCAGGCCAAUGGCUCCGAGCUCCUCUCUUAACUUCUGACAGCUUUGUAUGUUCACCAAACUGAUGCCAGAGGUGUACUUGCUACAGCUGUUCACCUUUCAAACGAUUCAUUCAUUGUCCAGCAACAAAGCCCUGGGCCCUGCUGGUUCCCAUCUGCUGGUACAUAAGCCAUAUCAACAUUUUGGCUGGCUCAUGUUUCACUUUAGGGGGAAACAAGUU